CCCCCCCUCCCGACGCCGGCUCCACUACUGGGAGAGGGGAUCGCAAACGCCGCCUCCUAUUGGUCGCCGGGAGAGGAGGAGGCUUCCUAUUGGUUGCGCGCCAUCAACCAAUGAGAACAGAGCUUUCCGAUCCGCUCCGCCGCGGCCAAGGUUCAUCCAGAACCAGCCAACGUUGGACUCCUUCCUCCACCCCGUCGCCACUUCCAGGAAAACCAUCGCCCGGCCCCUUUUGGGGGCGUUUCUCCGAAACCAGGGUAAAAAAAAAACACCAAACCAAGACCAUGGCAGCGGGUAACGCGGUGGAGAACCUGCAGGAGGAGGCCACCUGCGCCGUCUGCUUGGAUUUCUUCCGCGACCCCGUCAUCCUCCUCAGCUGCGGCCACAAUUUUUGCCGCCGCUGCCUCGAGGGUUGCUCCGGUUCCUGCCCCCAGUGCCGCCUGCCCUUCUCCCAAAACGGCUUCCAGCCCAACCGCCAACUGGCCAACCUGGUGGCCGCCGUCCGGGAGUUGGCCACCGAGGAAGAGGAGGAGGAGGAAGAGAAGGAGAUUUGCCGUCGGCACCGCAGACCCCUCGCCUAUUUUUGCGGCCGGGAUGGGACCCUCCUCUGCGCGGCCUGCGCCGAGCGGCACCCGCACCCCGCCGUGCCCGCCGACGAGGCCGCUGGCCAGUACAGGGAGCGAUUGGCAGCUUCCCUCAAAGCCCUGCAAGAGGAGGACGAGCGACGCGCGGGGCUGGUGGCGGCGGCGGAGGAGACGAGGCAGGAGAUGCUGGCUCGAGUGGAAGCCGAGAAGCGGAAGGUGCUGGGGGUGCUGGAGGGGCUCCGGCGGGUCCUAAACGAGCAGGAAUCGGGUUUUUUGCUGCGUUUGGGGCGUCUGAGGCGAGGCCUGGAGGAACGACGCCGCCGGGACGUCGCCGAACUCACCCGGCUCCGGCAACGCCGCGCCGAGCUCCAGGCCAAGCGCCGGCAACGGGACGGCGACCUGCUGCGGGAUGCUCAAAUCACCCUCAGCAGGUGCACGGAGUGGAAGGCUCAGCCGUCGCUGCCGCCGAUGCCGGAGCUGGAAGCGGAGAUUGAGGAUUUUGCCUUGAAAAGCAACAUGUUUGCUGAGGCCGUGACACAGUUUACAGCCGUGGUGGGGCUCUCGCUGGAGGAAGACGCGGGGGGAUACCGGAGAGCCAUCGUGACUCUGGACCCGGCCACCGCUCACCCCCAGAUCUUGGUGUCGGCGGACGGCCGGACGGCGGGACGUCGGGAAUCCCCUCCGGCUCCUCUUCCCUCGGGGGCCGAGCGUUUCGAGUCCCUCCGUUGCGUUUUGGGGCUCCCGGGUUUCUCCAGGGGGAGGCACCGUUGGGCGGUGGAGGUGCGGCCCGGUCCCGACUGGGCCUUGGGGGUGGCUCGGGAAUUCAUCUCCCGAAAAGGUUGUUUCGGGCUCAGCCCCGAGCGGGGGGUCUGGGCCGUGGGGCAGUGGUUGGGGCAACUUCGGGCUCUCACCUGGCCCAGCCCCACAUCCCUGCCCCACGGCCGCCUGCCCCGACGCAUCGAGGUGGCCCUGGAUUACGCCGGGGGGCGGGUGGCUUUCCGUGACGCCGACAGCCUCGCCGAAAUCUUCGCCUUCCCCCCGGCGGCUUUCGCCGGCGAACGGCUCCGGCCCCUGCUCUGGUUGGGCGAGGGGCCGGCUCUGCUCACCCUCUGCCCCUGA